GGGAGUGACGCGCAUACGUGAGCUACUUUGUCCCUCUGUUUUCUUCGCUAUGAAAAAUAUUUGGAUUAACAAGAACAGCGUCUGCCAGCACAAGUUAAAAUCGAUUGGUUAAUUAUGAAGCCGAUUCAGAUGCGUCAUUAGAAGAAGCGCCAGCGGAUCUUUCUGGUGGUUUACUGAUUGAUCAAGUCGGGAUUGUGUUUGUUUGCGGGCCGUCGGUCCUCUGAUCUGCUGCUGCUGGGAUAACUUUGGAAGAACUUCUUUGUAUUCAACAAACAGCCUGGUGGAGAUCAUGGACUGGGGAACAGAACUUUGGGACCAAUAUGACAUCAUAGAGAAGCACACGCAGUCUGGUCUGGAGCUGGUGGAGAAGUAUGUGAAGUUUGUCAAGGAGAGGACGGAGAUUGAGCAAAGCUAUGCCAAACAACUGAGGAAUCUUUCUAAGAAGUAUAACCAAAAACGAAGCAGCAAAGAUGAGCCAGACUGCAGGCUAUCCAGCUACCAGUCUUUUUUGGACAUCCUGAAUGAGAUGAACGACUAUGCAGGGCAGAGGGAGCUAAUAGCCGAGAACAUGAUCAUGAACAUUUGCAUUGAUCUUACCAAGUACCUGCAGGAGCUCAAGCAGGAGCGAAAGACGUAUCUUUUGGAGGCCAAGAAGGCCCAGCAGAGUUUGGAGAGCACCUACAAGCAGCUUGACAAUAGUAAAAAGCGCUUUGAGAGAGAGUGGAGAGAAGCAGAGCGUGCGGCACAGUAUGCAGAGAAGACAGAUCAAGACAUCAAUGCCACGAAAGCCGACGUUGAAAAAGCCAAACAGCAAGCUCACAUGAGAGCAUGUGUAGCAGAGGAAUGCAAGAAUGACUACGCUGCCCACCUUCAAAAGUACAACAAAGAGCAGAACCAGUUUUAUUUUAAUGACAUGCCAAUUAUUUUCAAUAAAUUGCAGGAUUUGGAUGAGAGGCGAAUACAGAAGUUAGGACAAGGCUACAUCUUGUUCUCAGAGACAGAAAAGCAUGUGAUGCCUAUCAUUGGCAAGUGCCUAGAAGGCAUUACUAAAGCUGGCACUAAUGUUAAUGAGAAAAAUGACACAAUGGUUAUAAUAGAGCAGAAUAAGUCUGGAUUUGAACGUCCUGGAGAUCUGGAGUUUGAAGAUUACAGCCAGGGCAUUAAUCGAGCCUCUUCUGACAGCAGCCUCAGUACACCUAAAGGCCCUCUGGACCUACUGGGGAAGAACAAAAGUAAAAACUUUUGGCUUUUCAAGAGGAGUAAGCUCUCCCCCUCAACACACACUCCUUUUUCCACACCCCCUGCCCCUUCACCUCCAAACGGAGCCCCUUCCCCCAAGUUUGGCCGGGAUCCUCUGUCGUACUGUUUGAAGGAGAUCAAUAAGACAGUCAAACCCAGAAUCUCUUCAUUCCGGACACUCAGGAGAUCGAAAUUUACCCCAGACAGGACCAUGCCUACAGUGACAGAGGACUUUAGCCAUCUCCCCCCAGAGCAGCGCAGGAAGAGGUUACAGCAGAAACUAGAGGAGAUUUCCAAAGAACUGCAGAAGGAAGCAGAUCAGAGUGAGGCACUCGGAAAGAUGAAAGAUGUUUAUGAGAAAAAUCCUCAAAUGGGAGAUCCAGCUAUUCUUACAACCCAGAUCAGUCAGACAUCACAGAAUAUAGAGCGGCUCAGAGGAGAGCUUAAUAAGUAUGAGACUUGGCUGUCUGAGGCAGGGGUUCGGGGGGACACACUACGAUAUAGAGCUCACUCUGUUAACAAUAACGGAGCUCAUGAAGUGCUUAGUCCUGAUGGAGCUCAUUCCGAUGAAAGCACGCCUGAUGCCUCACAAGCUAUAUAUGCAGAGUUUGAUGAUGACUUUGAGGAUGAGGAGCCAGCAAGUCCUAUUGGAAAAUGCACAGCAAUGUAUAACUUCCCUGGUGCUAGUGAAGGAACAAUUUCAAUGGAGGAGGGGGAGGUGCUUGCUGUAGUGGAAGAAGAUAAAGGGGAUGGCUGGACCCGCGUCCGGAGGCAAAAUGGAGAUGAGGGCUACAUACCUACUUCUUACGUCACCAUCACACUAAACAAAUGAGGGAGAAGGAGAAAAUUGGACAAUCAUUUCAAAGCUGUUUCCACCACUGGUUGGAACAAUUACAAUCACUAAGCCAUAUCAUCAAUGAACAGUACAUCCAAAAGUGCUAUUUUUUUAUUUUUUUUUUCGUGUACAGCGAGGCGUUCUAUACAUGCAGGUCAUACUGCUGUGAUCCAGUUUACCCACUACAUAAUCCUUAGUAUAAAUUCACUAUAACAUUCUUGCUCACCUCUGUGGGCAAAUAUUCUUAUUAACACUUUUCUUGGUUAGGAAGAACAAAUAUUUUUAUUUUAAUUUUGUGUGAAAAACUGAUCCAUGAUGUAGAAUCCAGAUUAUGUUUUACCUCCUUCAGUUCUCAUCCGCCUCAAGAGUGUCCGUUUGGAUCCAUUUUGCCUGCUCAAGAUUGGUGCAAGAAUCUUCAACAUUUAACUUUCAGAAAUUUGUCUCAUGUAAAAAAAUAAAAAUAGAUAAAAUGGAAAUAAUCUAUACAGGAACUGUUUAAACUAUACAGACAAUCACAUUCAUAUUCUCAUUUAUAUUCAGUCAUGCAUCAGUAGCAAAGAAAAUACAGCAGAUGUUAUUUUCUUACAGCAGCUGAUAGAAACCUGCUGCUGUUUUCUUUUAAUAAAUAUUGUACUAGAGAUAAUUUAUUUCAAGUGUGUUUGAGUAAAAAUGUUUAUAUUUGGAAAAAAAA